GUUGGCAGCUUUUAGCUCAGCUCCGUGGGGCUGCCGUCAUCAUCGCCUGGACCACUGCAGUGGUGAUGCCGGUGUGGGCGCUCUUUCUGCUGUCUGAGACGAUUCGGUCGUUCGAGCUGGAGGAGUUGGUGGCCUUCUACGAGCGCCUCUGUGAUAGCGAGCUUGGCGUGGCGUCGAAGCAGGAACCGGCCUUGCAAUCGGCUGCGGAGAGAUCUUGGGUCGUUCGGCGACUGCUCCGCCACAGCAGUUUGGACCUCCACGACUUGCGCGAGGACGUGCUGGAUGCCAUCCACGACACAAAGACGGUCAUGCGAGGGACCGAGGAGGUUGCUGUAACUGUGGGCAUGCUUCAUGUUCUGAUUCCAUCCGGGGAAGAGCUGGCCGCCAUUCCUGCACCAGACGUAAGCACUGUGCGGAACUUGAAGCAUGACUUGCACAAGAUCUCCGGUGUUCCACGUUUCCGGCAGAAGAUCCUGCACGAAGGCAAGGUGUUAGAGGAGGAUGUGCACCUCGAUGCUUCGAUGGAGAGUGUGCUUCUUGUCUUCUUGGCCUUCUGCGAUGCUUCGGAAGAGGAGAUCCAGGAGUUCGUCUUAUCCCCUUGCCAAGGCUCUGUCGACGAAGUGGAGAAAUUAUUGCAGCGGUCCAUGGACCCGAAUGCAGCGACUGCCGAUGGCCGAACAGCGCUGAUGCUGGCAUCUUGUGAUGGCUAUCCAGAAAUCGCACAGUUGCUCUUAGAAGCUCGGGCUGACAUGGACGUGGCCGACCAUGACGGCACCACCGCCCUGGUUGCUGCGUCUCGGGACGGAGAGGAGGACAUGGUCCGCUGGUUCCUGGAUGCCAGAGCAGAUAUAAACAAGGCCGACGGCCAUAGCUGCACUCCGCUGGUCAAUGCCUUGCAAGAAGGGCAGCUGAACAUUGCGUCGCUGCUGGUGCAGGCUGGCGCUGGUACCGGUCCCGGUCCUCAGGGAAACGAGUUGCUUUGCACUGAAUGCCAGUGCGCUGACGCCAGCCUAGAGAUUGUCCGAUUGCUCUUGGAGGCGAGGGUUGACGCCAAUACUGCAACUGAUGAGGGCAUGACAGCUCUUACUGUUGCAUGCGAUGAAGGUCACCUGGAGAUCGUAGAGAUGUUGUUGACUUCCAGGGCAGAUGCAAACCAUAGCAACAACAAUGGCCUCACCGCCCUCUUCCUAGCAGCCCGAAGCAAGCACGUGGAAAUUCUGCGCCUGCUGCUGCGGGCUGGCGCUGACCCUGAUCAAGAGAUCAUGGAGACCUCUGCGCUAUCCCAUGCGAUAUUUUGGGACUCUGUCGAGGUUGUGCGCUGGCUCUUGCAUGCAAGGGCUGCAGUCGACAAGGCGAACCAGGACGGCGCAACACCGUUGAACACGGCCUGUUCCUGGGGCAAUUCAGAGGUCGUGCGAUUGGUCGUGCAAGCUGUGGUUGACAGAGUGGGCCUCGUGGAGCUCGACCGUGUGGACAAUUGUGGUGGCUACACCGCCCUACACUGUGCAGCUAUUCAGAACUUUUUGCCAAUCGCAAGUUUGCUGGUCAAGGCUGGGGCCAGCAAAGACAUAGAAGACGACAGAGGCAACUUACCCCUCGACUAUGCGCAGGAUGACGACAUGGCUAAGCUGCUGGCCACAGAGAGGCCGAGUAGAACAGCGAAGGGCGAGGGCGAGUGA